UUUCAUUAGUUUUCAAAUUUAUAACCAAAAAAUUGCCUUCUUUUGAUACAUUUUUAUUAUUGGUAAAAGCAGAAAAAUAUCUAAAUUAUACCAGAUUAUACUAUCAUCUUUCACAGAAUGGUUAAAUUUUAAGUACCUAAUUAUGUGUCCAUUAAUUCUUACAAUAUUAAGCCCUGAUAAAUAUUAUUAUGGUAAAGUACUGUUGGAUAAUCGAGAAGUGUUAAAUUUGAAUGAUUUUAACCAAAAUGAAGGAAAAGAAGUGUUAAAAGGCAAAUUAAAUCUAGAUUGUGUAUUUGUGCAUUAUUUUAUUAAAGAACUUAUCCUAAGUUGUAUAUAUAGGAAUAAUUUUUUAAAAUUUGUAAAUACUUCGGACGUUUUACCAAGGAAUUUGAUAUUGCAAGAAACUAAAAGAGACUUAAUAGAUUAUAGAUGGAAUGAGCAUGUAUGCUUUCUAAUUAGAGAAAAAUGUGAAUUAGAUCAUGCACUUAGCUGGCUUUCAACAUUGGGUGGUGCUUUUUCAGCUUUGGGAGAUUACUUUGAAAAAUGCGCUGACACUGCCGGAAAAAUUUCUGUUAAUCAGUUAAAAUUGGCAAUAAGGCUAGGAGAUCCAAAUAUAGCAUCACGAUGCCGUUUAUAUUUAAGCCUUAGUUUAAUUCAAAAGAAGAAAUAUAAGUUAGCUGCAAAAAUUAUCGAAGCCGAGUAUGUAACAUCAAAGUGUGCAAUUAUAGUUGAUGAAAGAUUGGUUAGAAUGUGCAAAGGUAUAUGGUCAAAAUUACAGUACGAAUAUAGUUUAUAUAGAAAAAAUAAAGGAUUAAAAAGUUAAUCACAUGUAUUUUUAUUAGGCCAUUAAUUAAACAACACUAUUAAGAUCAUAUUUAUAUUUUUAGGAAUUUAAUAUACACAUUCACUUUACAAUAACACUAAAAACUUGUGUCUAUUACAUAGAAUCUCCUAAGUUUAAUUUUCUUCAAAUAGCCGUAUUGAUAUAAAGUAUAAAUAUAAGAGCAACAUAACAGGGUGAUAAUUUAUAUAUUUCUUUAAGGAUUGCAAUAAGAUUAUACCUUUAAUAUAUGAUUCUAACACAAAAAAAAAACAUCUUUGCAUAAAUUAAUUAAAAAAAAAAAGAUUUGGAACAUAUUUUCUUUUAUUACAUACUAACCUAAAUUAGCUAGUGUUUUAUGAAUUAAGUUUAAUUUUAAUUUGAAACAUGAUCCAAAUCUUCCACAGUACAAAGAUCCUGAAAAAAAAAA